AUGAAUGAUGCGUCUGAGGCGAUGAUGAUUUCGACUUUGCCACACAGCUUGAUUUUUCAAGAUUUGGAGAGAAAUUUCGUCCCACUGAAAUUCUGUAUAAAAGAAAAGGGUUUUGAGUCACGGAAAGAAUUGGAUUGGGACGAAUUGUUGAAUUCCAAACUACUGGAAGCAGAAAAUCGGAUUUGGCUUCUGUCUUCGUUUUCAGGCUCGGGGAAGUCAACGGUGAUGCGCGAGUUGUCUUUUCAACUGCAAAGAAUGUUGGCAUGUAAAAUCAAAGUCUUUCUGGUUGGCCUCUCAGACACCGUCGGGCUUUUUACCAAAGUAAAAACGGAAAGACGAAUAGUUCCGUCACUUGCUUCCGUUGUUUCGAUUGCGACUAGAAUCAGGGAAAUGGAAAUUCAAAAUCUUAUCGAGCAGAAGAAGAUCAUGUUGAUGCUUGACGGAUUUGACGAAAUGUGCCCCUUUUACCGUGAUCAAGUGCUCGACGUUUUGGCUGAGGCGGUGGAAAAAAAAGUUCCAAUUUUGAUUUCAACGCAACCGCACGAGGAAGUCGCGAUUCUUUCAAAGCUCGGAAAGGGAAACCAAGUUUUCAAGUUAAAAAUUUUACCUUUAGAUUGGAGGAAGCAAAUUGAUUUUUUGAUGAUGACUUCGCACAAAUCAGAAGAGGAAUGCAAACUUCAGAUCUAUUUCUACCGAAGGAACGGCUUAGAAGAUAUUCUGGGAAACCCUCUUCACUUAAAAAUGAUUGCUGAACUCGGCGAUUUAGAUUACAAAAAAGGGAUCGACUUGUACGAAAUCUACGAAAAAAUUUUAGAGAAAAAAUUACGUUUCGCGCUGAAAGAAUUGCAAAGCAUCAUAUUAGAGAAGGAAUUAAAUAUUUGUGAAAGGGAACUGAGAAUUGCUGCUGUUAAAUUUUUAUGCGGUGACAAAACUGAUAUUUUAAAAUAUCCCAACAAUGGAAUUGUAACAAUCAGCAACGGACGCGCCCAGUUUGUUCACCAAACGUUCGCCGAAUUCCUCGUGGCAGCGCAUUUCAUCGAUUGCUUGUUGUUCGACGGAUUCGAAAACCCUCAAAGGCCAUUUGAAAUUUUGAACGAAGAAUUCCGUCAAGUGCGAAAGUUUGUUGACUUGAGAAUUUCCAUGAGUGUCGGUGACGAAAAAUUAAAUUUCUUAACUUCGCUAGAAAAAUACUUGAAAAAUAGUCUCACUAAAUCAAGCAUCGAAAAUGUUAUUCUUGAAGAACGUCUCGUUAAUUUCUCCAGCGCUGCAGCAAACCUCGUUACUUUCAAUGCCGAAGAAUCAAAACUAAACUACGUUACGAGCGACCAAAUUUUGGUUUUGGCCAGCAAACGUGUAGAAAAUUGUGCACUUGGUCUUUUGAAGAAAGGCGCGUAUGAAAAGUUGGAAGAUCCAAACAGAGCAGCCGUAGAAAUACUGAGAGAUGCAAUUGAAAAUAAUUUUGCUCAACUUUUUACUGAAAUGGGGAAAAAAUUCGCCGGUUCGAUGGAUUUGGUGCGGAAUAAUAUGAAAAUUAAAAAGACCUACACACUUGCAGCCUACAGAAAUCAUCACAAAGUAUUGUUUCUGGUGCUUGAACAAAAAAUUUUGGAUCAAGGCGAAUUACAAGUGGCUCUGAAAUCUGCUGUACGAGGAAACAGCGCCGAGUGCGUUGAGGUUCUGAUUGAACACGGCGCUCGAACUGCCAGCCUUGACGAGAGUAACUUUGACCAUUUAAAUUCAAAGACGACGGAAGCACUGCUCAAGACAAAGGACGAGCCGGAAUUGAAAUUGGCGUCGAGAAUUUUCAAUCGUUCGCUUGACGAUGAAUAUUGUAAUGCUGAAGUGGCAAAAUAUUUGCUCGAAAGAUUCGGAGAUGAGGAAAAUGAAGAAUUUGAAGUGAGCAGCAGUGCCUUGUUUGAUGUUGCGACAUGCGAAGAUUUUGACGACGCAUUGGAAAUUUUGUGUCGCUGGCUGGUGGAAAAGCGUGGUUUCCAAGUACGUGAAAAGGAUUGGACAGGGCGGAACGCUUUUCACUGUGCAGCCAAAAAAGGAAAUCUCAGGUUGUUAAAAUACUUUCUCGAAAAGGACCCCAAGCUUACCAAGACCUUAACGGAUAAAGAGGAAAACGCUAUGCAUUUAUCACCGUAAAAAGAGGAAAUAUUGACGUCUCUGAAUGGCUGGCGGAAGAAUUAAUCUUGGAGUUAGACGCCGUGGAUGACAACAGAUCAGAGGCGGUCGGUGGUCAUGAAGAAGUUUUAUGUGUUCAGCCCAAAAUCAAAAAGGGGCGUGGCAUUUUGAGAAAUUUCGGGUAUAUUUUAUUUCAAUUUUUUUGUCGCCUUUUUUCUUUGUCUUAAUUAAUUCACAUAUGCAAAUUUGUCUUAAAUUUUCAGGGCAUUUUGCUAUCAUAAAUUUACAAUUUAUUGUGAUGAACAAAAUUUUAAAUUACUUAUUCUUUGAAAAAAACACAAGUUCAAAAAAUUUUUAUUUGAUUUUUUUUUUUAAAUUUGAUUCUAAUAUAAAGUUUUAUUUAAAUAAAACUUAAAACACGGCUGAUGAUGAUGAUGGGAUUUUGGAGUAAUUAAUUGUUUUGUAGAAAAAAAUAUCCCAAUUAAUUCUAAAUGUUUUGACUUUAGUUUUUUUCUUUAAAAUUGUUUUUUUGUCCAAAUAAUUCUCAGCCAAUGACUUAUGGCUGCAGCCGGCAGAUAAAAAAUGUUUUUAUUUCAUUUUUUCUGAAACGACUAAAAAAAAUCAUCCAGCAAAUUGAGGAUGGCCGCCGCUUGCGGCAGGCAGCGGCUUCCAAUUUCCAACUUCAAAGGCGCUGCCGGUGGUAAGCGCUCUGGAAAAAAUGUUCAACUUUUUGAAAAAUUUGUUUUAAUAAAACCUUAUUAAAUUUAUCUCUUAGCAAUGAUAUAAAUUAAAACUCAAAAUUUUCCUCGGCGUUGUGAAAAAUUAAGGUUUGCGAAGUUCUAUUUUUCUCAUAAAAUUUAAAAUAAAAAAGUUUAAACUUUAAUAUGAUUUUUUUUUAGAGAAAGGCACGGACUUUCUUUCCGCAAUUGUAAUUUUUGUAGUAAAAUAAUUUUUUCACAUUUUAAAGAAUGCUCAAAAAUAAAAUUUCAUUUUUUAAGUCAGAAAUAAAUUUUUAAGAUUUUUUCCAAAAUAGCCAUUCAGCGUGUCAAAAAAUAUUAUUUUUGAGCAUUCUUUAAAAUGUGAAAAAAUUAUUUUACCACAAAAAUUACAAUUGCGGAAAGAAAGUCUGUGCCUUUCUCUAAAAAAUCAUAUUAAAGUUUAUACUUUUCUAUUUUAAAUUUUAUGAGAAAAAUGGAAUUUUGCAAACCCUUAAUUGUUUCACAACGUCGAGGAAAAUUUUGAGUUUUAAUUUGUAUCAUUGCAUUGAGGGAUAAAUUUAAUUAGGUUUCGUAAAAUUAAAAACAAAUUUUUCAAAGACGAACAGUAUUUCCAGAGCGCUUAUCACCGGCGACACCGCUGAAGUUGGAAAAUUGCAAGCGGCGGCCGUCCUCAAUUUGAUCAUCAUUCGAUCCGCGGCAGCAGAGGUAUUUCUCAAAUUGAACACGAUUUCGCUCCUCGCCGACUGGGCUCAAAUUUAGUAUCGCCAAGGAGCCUCUAAUUGAUAAAACUUUUUCUUGGUGUAUUCAAUCUAUAAAUAAUCAAAAUAUAUUUUAACACUAAACAGCAUGAAAAUGCAAAGUUCAAACGAUGAAAUUUUAUUUAUUUUGCUUAAUUAAUGCAAUUUUUUGUUUUUAAAAAUGGAAAUAUUUGAAAUAUACUAGAGAUAAUUUGGUAAUUUUUCACAGCUGACGAGCUCCCUUUCAAAAAUUUUAAAACUCAAUAGCCGCCCCAUUGUACGGUCUUGUUUAUAUCCCGCGAUCGCGAUAUGCAAGAAAAGAGACGCUGAUUUUCAGUCUCUUUUUCAACAAUUAUUAAAGAAUUGAACGGUUAAAUUCACGAAAAAUGAAUAAAGGCAUCAUCAAAUGUCCUAAUCCUACCUCAAAUUAUCAUCAGCCGACUUCAACCAGUCCCAAAAGUCCGAAAACGCGACGGAAAUCACUGAUAUCAGCUCGCGCACGCCGCCGAAACAAAAUAAACAUUGAAAUAUGUGGUGAUUUCCAACACAUUUUGGCCAGCAAACAGAUGGAACGCUAUGCACUUCGCUGCUUCUUUUUCAUGGAAAGUUGAGCUCGAGCUUUUGGAAUAUUUGCACAAGAAAAAUCCGCGAUUGAUCAAGGAGAGGACCAAAAGAAAUGAAACUCCACUGCAUCUUGUGGCCAAGA